UCGGCAGCCAUGGAGUUGAGAGUGGGAAACAAGUACCGCCUUGGGAGGAAGAUAGGGAGCGGAUCCUUUGGAGAUAUUUAUCUCGGUUCCAACCUGGCCACGGGGGAGGAAGUGGCCAUCAAGCUAGAAUGCGUCAAGACCAAACACCCGCAGCUCCAUAUUGAGAGUAAAUUCUACAAGAUGAUGCAAGGAGGAGUGGGUAUUCCGUCCAUUAAGUGGUGCGGAGCUGAGGGGGACUACAAUGUGAUGGUGAUGGAGCUGCUGGGGCCCAGUUUGGAGGACCUGUUCAACUUCUGCUCCAGGAAGUUUAGCCUGAAAACUGUCCUGUUGCUGGCUGAUCAAAUGAUCAGCAGGAUCGAAUACAUCCACCUGAAGAACUUCAUUCACAGAGACGUGAAACCCGACAACUUCCUGAUGGGACUCGGCAAAAAGGGCAACCUCGUCUAUAUCAUAGACUUUGGCCUGGCCAAGAAAUACCGCGACGCCCGAACGCACCAGCACAUCCCUUACCGAGAGAACAAAAAUCUCACUGGCACCGCCCGUUACGCCUCCAUCAACACCCACCUGGGAAUCGAACAAUCGAGGCGAGACGACCUGGAGUCUCUGGGCUACGUCCUCAUGUACUUCAACCUGGGCUCGCUGCCGUGGCAGGGCCUCAAAGCCGCCACAAAGAGGCAAAAGUACGAACGCAUUAGCGAGAAGAAAAUGUCGACUCCCAUUGAGGUGCUUUGCAAGGGCUACCCCUCUGUGUUCUCCACCUACCUGAAUCUGUGUCGCUCCCUGCGUUUCGACGACAAGCCGGACUAUUCGUAUCUGAGGCAACUCUUCAGGAACCUUUUCCAUAGACAGGGCUUCUCUUACGACUACGUCUUUGACUGGAGCAUGCUCAAAUUUGGGGCCAGCAGGACGGCGGAAGAUGGAGACAAAGAACGGAAGGAGGAUAAGGAUGAAGAAGAGCGAGCGGGAGAAGGUCAAAGAGUCGCCGGGGGUCGGGCUUUGCCGUCCGGACCCAAACCGUCGGCGGCGAAUCGGGUCAAGAACGAAGCGGACGUCAUUCCGUCGAAAGUGAUCACGCGCGGCGUCCAGCCGUCAGGGAACCGCUCCCCUCAGGCGGGUCGAGCAGAACGGGUGGAACGAGAGCGCAAAGUGGCCAUGAGGCUUCACCGGGGCGCCCCCGCCAACUUGUCCUCCGGCGAUCUUUCCACACGCAUCGACCAAUCGCGCAUCACGACGUCGCAGGUCAGUGUGCCAUUUGAACAUUUAGCAAAGUGA